AUGUCUUCAGUUUGGAAGACUCCCCCUAGGUCAAAUGCAAUGCCCGAUAUCGUUGUGAAAAUCAUUGGAAGCAAACACUUUCGAUACCUUGCAGACAAGCCAAAGAUCAAACAGAAAGAGAACCUGGAGGUGGAAACUGAAACAGCGCUCCAGAACCCCAGGACUGGGAAUUCCAGGCAGAUGAGUAGGGACGCACCAGCUCCCACUGACCCCUCUGAUCACAAAACCAUGGAUAACCAAGAUGACAUAGAAGAGGGUAAGCACCCAGCCAACACCCAGAAACCAGAGAACCGCCAGGAACUCCUAACAGGAACAUACUGUGGCAGAUUCCUGGAUGGCAAAUUUCCUCAUCAGGCCCACUGCAGCUCUGUACCAUCUGGAGACCAGUCACUAUCCUACAUGCAUGGCCUCCCCAGGAGAAAUCUUAGAGACCAGUCCUUGGAGCAGUUGGUGAGGGGUGGCCCCAGCCAACCUGAGGAUAUCGUCCAGAGGCCCAGUGGAACAACAAAAGAAGAUUCUUUUCUUCUUGCCCUGGUCAGAAAGGAACUCAAGUCACACCCUCUGAGCUCCAGAUUGUUAGACAAAAUUCAGAAAGAGCUGACAAACCUGGACCCAAUCUCUUCAGGGUUUCUCCUUCAGUCUCAGCUGAGCCACCUCUUCCUGAGGCAUGGAGUCCCUCUGCAAUUGCCAACAGUCAAGAUCCUUUGCCAGAGAUUUUCUAGGAAGGGCUCUCCUGAAAUGGUGAAUUAUGAAAAGCUACUCUGGUUUUUAAAAAGUGCAGCCUCAGAUGACUUACAGCAAAGCAAAACAGUUGUGGACAGCAACCUGAAGAAAACUCAGAGUCAAAGUGAUCCUAAGCAAAGAACCCCACCUCAAGACUCCAGCUCACCAUCAGAAGAGGACAAGAGCCUGUUGGAGAUUUUGAGGAUGGUACUAAGGACAACCAAUGGCAAACUCAACAUAGAGAAUCUCAACUUGAGUUUUCGAAAAGAAGACCGUUCAUUUUCUGGCUGUCUCCCCCCAGCCAAGGUCAGGGCUAUAUGUGGAAAGCAUGGAUUAUACCUGACCUUGAGCCUGCUGGAAACAUUGCUUAACCACCAAAACUUGGGUUACCAAGAUGAAAUAAAAUGGCAGAAUUUUGUUGAGUUGCUGAGCAGAGCUUCUUCUGAUUUGUUGUCUGGUUUGCCUCCAGGAAAGAAUGAAAAGGAAGCCCCUGCCAUUCCAGAGCAGCCUGAAGUCUCUGAGAUAUCUCAAAGCAAAGCUGAACAUAUGAAAACUCCAGAAGAGAAGCUGAAUCCAGGAAACCCUCCUGCUGAGACUCCAACCCCCAAAGAUCCUCCAAGCAGUUUGAAGAUCCGGCCAGUCUCCCAGCCCUUCCUCAGUCGGGCCAUGAAGAACCACUCUGAAGAAUGUGAGACGUGGAUUGACAGGUUCAGAAAGCUGGAAAAUGCCCUGUAUCUGUGUGAUCUGAGUAAUACAGGAGUUCUGGAGAAGGAACGAGCCAGACGCCUCAUUCACAACUACAAUCUCAUUUACAACCUGUCUCUGAGCCCUCGGAAAAUCGACCAGGCCUUGCGGAGAUUCCGUUCUGGAGAAAAUAUGCUCUUGGAGCCAGCACUGCGGUACUUAAAGGAGCUAUGA